CUUUGACUUUGACAUUCUUUUAAUUUUUAGGGUUAUGUGGUGGUCAAUUGAAAAAGAAUUUUUGUGGUCUGGGUCUGAGUGAAUUAUUGAAAUAACCGAAAAUAUGGCAGAUAAAGUUCCGAUAAAAUUAGGGGGAACAGAUUACACCCAAGUAUUCAUUGCAGUUUUUGUCAUAGUUAUAACUUUGGUUCUAAUUGCUCUUUACAAAAGAAGGAAGAGUUCUCGUCAGGGAAUACUUUUAACUGGUAUCUGUGACAGUGGAAAAACUUUAAUAUUUUCCCAACUAAUUCACAAUAAGCAUAUACAAACGCACACGUCGAUCAAAGAAAACGUUGCAAACUAUAUAAGUAACAAUGAAGUUCUUAGAAUCAUUGACAUUCCUGGGCAUGAACGUUUAAGAGACAAAUUUUUUGAACAAUACAAAGAAAUCACCAAAGGUAUUGUAUAUGUUGUGGACUCCAAUACUAUUACCCAAGAUAUAAGAGAUGCUGCAGAAUUUUUAUAUAAUAUGCUAGUUGAUCCUGUUGUUAUUAAAAAUAAACCCAAAUUGUUGAUUUUAUGCAAUAAACAAGACUACACUUUUUCUAAGGGAGGAUCUGCAGUGAAGGCUAUUUUUGAAAAAGAAUUAAAUACCCUUCGUAUUACAAAAUCCAAUCAACUUGAAUCAGUGGAUCCUAAAAUGAAAAAGACAGCCUUACUAGGAGAUCCCGAAGAAGACUUUGAUUUUGCUAGCUUGCCAUUGAAAGUUGACAUUGCUGAAAGUUACGCAUAUCACAAAAACGGUACAGUUGACAUUGAAGGAUUGAAAAAAUGGCUUGCUCAUCAUGUUUAGCUUACUGAUUGAAUUUAAAGAUCAGUUUUUUUUAAUUUAAUUUUUGUUUUAGCAAAGAUUUUGUACUUUUUUUAAUUAUUUAUUGUUAUUAUGGUCCAAAAUAAAAGAUAUGAGUUAAAUAUUA